AGCAUUUCAUUCAUUUUCAUGUCUAUUCAAUCUAGAUAUUUCGUAAUGAACGGUCGCGCAAUACCAAGUCGCUCCUCUAUCGUUUAACCACGAACUGUUCGCUAUUCAUUUUCUAUGUCAAAGUGAAUAAAUAUUUUUUGCAAGGCAUCAAUAAACUUUGUGGCUUUGUGUGUUGAGUGCAUAAAAACUGGUAUUUUUUUGCUUCAACCCACUGUGAUCGACGCCUCGAAUAUUUAUUACAUCUGAAUUUCAAGUGAGAAUAACAGAAAAAACUCAAAAUACAAAAUGAAAAUUUGGACAUCAGAACAUACAUUUAACCAUCCAUGGGAGACGGUGGCGCAGGCUGCAUGGCGAAAAUAUCCAAACCCAAUGAAUCCAGCUGUUAUUGGCACGGAUGUGGUUGACCGUAAAAUAGUUAAUGGCAUUUUGCACACACAUCGUUUGGUUGGAUCAACAUGGUAUUUUCCACGAUGGACACAAUCGAUAAUCGGAACGGAAAAAGUGUGUUAUGCCAGUGAGAAAUCCGAAGUGGAUCCACACAACAAGAAAAUGUCAUUAAAAACAAUAAACCUCACUUUCGGCCGACACAUAUCGGUUGACGAGGUAUUGCACUACACACCGCACCCAACCGAUCCACAGAAGACACUCCUCAGACAAGAGGCCACAGUCACUGUGCACGGUGUUCCACUUAGUUAUUACAUGGAAAACAUGAUCACAUCAAAUAUUAGCGCUAAUGCAAACAAAGGUCGUCAAGGAUUAGAAUGGGUUAUCUCCAAAAUAAAUUCUGAGAUGAAAGGAAUUGCGGACGCUGUAAGCAAAAGUACGGACGAUAUUAUCCAUCAGACGCAUAAAUCGUUUGACGAUAUGACUGAAUCAGCACGAAAGAGUAUGGACGAAAUGAGCACGGCAGCAAAGCAAAAGAUGAAUUUAUAGCGUAUUCUGGAGUAUUUUUAGCACUGGUUCCGAUAAAUAUACAAAUAAUGAGAAAACUGAUUCCAAUCAUCCAAACACAACCAAACCACCAUCACCAUCGCCGCCACCAAAGGCAUCAUAAUGUAUUCAUGACAAUAUAGACACACAAAAUUAAGCAUCAUCUAGACACAAUUUCACCUUGCCUUCCAAGGUGUAUGUUUACCUGACUCUUUGCCAUGUUUAUCAUGGAUAGUGUUCAAUCGAAUCAUUGAAUUUGAUGCGACGGUCCAAUACAAACGAUAUUAUUGAUAGAAUAUUCCACUGGAUGGACCUGAUUCUAAAUUAUAUUGUUGAUUGUGAUGUUAAAGAUGUUGUUGGCGUUACGGUUGCGUAUUGAAUGUGACAAAAAAAGACGAGAAAUUAUUAGAAUAUGGACAGCAUUUUUUGUACUACUAUUUAAAUAGAAAUAUUCAUUGUAAUUUUUUGCGUAAUCAAUUGUAUAAAGUUUGGAAAUUAUUUGCAAUCCUUUUUUAGUAAGUCACUUUACAUAUUCUCUCGCUCUGUUAGCCAUUGUCUGACUAUAUUAGAUUUGGAAUGCCAGUUUAUCUCAGAUAUUUAUUUAGAAAACAAAUGAAAUACCUUUAAAUUAUCGCAUCAGGAGUACACAUCAAAGAUUCUUUUUAGUUACCAUACCACCUUAACCAUGCACGGCUUUUAAACAUACUGUACAACUAUAAGUGUGAUUGAUUAUCAUUCAUUAUAAAUGAUCACUGACUUAGCGCUAAUUUAAUAAUCGAAAUAAAAACCUAAUUGUUAAAUUAAAGAUUUAGAAC